AUGUCAGGCGUAAAUUUCUUUGUGAUAUUUGCUUUUAGCCAAAUAUUGUUGACAUACUGCAUUAGUUAUCUAUCUAUCUAUCUAUCUAUCUAUCUAUCUCUCUCUCUAUAUAUAUAUAUAUAUACAGUACAGUUAAAAAAUCUGAGUUAUUCUUCUCUCUCUCUCUCUCUCUCUCUCUCUCUCUCUCUCUCUUUCUCUCGUCAUAUUUCUUUUCUUCUUUCUCUUUCUCAAUUUCCUUUCUUUCUUAAUUUAGUCAUGUUUAAGCUCCCUUUUUUUCCGUCCUCUCCUUUAUUAUGUCAUUUUAAGACCUUUAAUGUCUCUCUUCUUUUUUUCUUGAUAUGUUUCUUUUCUUUCUGUAAGUCUCCUUUCGUCUUUACGUCUCUUUUUUCUCCUUUAUUCUCCUUUCUUAAAUUUUCUUUAACUCUCUCUCGCCCUUCUCCUUUUCUGUUUAUGUUUCCUUUCUUUCCGUUCUUUUUUUUUAGUCUUUCUUUAAUCUUUGUUAAGUCUCCUUUUUUUCUUGUCUCUCUUUCUUCUCUUGAUAUGAUCUUUUUUUUGAGUUUCAUUUCUUUCUUAACUGUCUCUUUCUUCUUGAUGUUUUUUUUCUUUAAGUUUUCUUUAAGUUUCUUUCCUUCUCUUUUCUGCUUUUUUCACCUUUCUUAA